AUGAGAUUAUAUCAUAUGAAAUGUUUAGUAAAAAAGUUGUCUAAACUUAACGAUAAAUUUCAGAAAGAAAAUAACAGUUUAUUUGAUAAUAAUAAUAAUAAUAAUAAUUUUGAUGAAAAUUUAGUUGAAUGUAAUUCAUUGAAAGUUUGCCACAAAAUACUAUUACCCAAUGUUUUGGACAAAUUUGUUGAUAAUAUUAAUGAUAAAAAAUACAAAUGCGAUGUCAAUGGUUGUAAUAAAUCCUAUACCAAUGCAACUAAUCUAUACAAUCAUAAACAGUGUCAUCACUUUAAUCGCAAGUAUAGGUGUGAUGUCGGCGAUUGUAAUAAAAAAUACGGACAAAAUCAUACACUAUUACGACAUAAACGACUCGUCCAUGCAAUCCGGCGGCCAUACAAUUGUGAUGCCAUUGAUUGCGACAAAACGUUUUGCACGCGAAACGCAUUGUUUGACCACAAAAGGUCUGAACACUUAGCGGUAAUGGUUAAGAAAAAAGUAGUUAAUAAUAAUAAUAACAAUACUAAAGAUUUUGUAUGCGAUUGGCCACAGUGUAGCUACCGGUGCACUGGUAGUCGUAAUCUGGCCGCACAUAAACGUCAAGUACAUACUGUGGGCAAACAACCAAAGAGGGGACAAUUUAAAUGUGUUUACGACGGCUGCAACAGACAAUAUAAUAAAAUGCUUACACUGUUAGUACACCAACGAUUGGCUCAUCAUAUCAAUGAUAAUUUUACCGAUAGUCGGGUCAAUACAAAUCAAAACAAACAGAUUACUGAUAAAGAAAUAGUCAAUAAUAAUAAAGAUUUUGUAUGCAAUUGGCCACAAUGUACAUACCGAUACACUGGCCCGCCGGGUGACGGUAGUCAGGAACUGGUCCGACACAAAAAGAUAAGACAUAAAUUGAAACCAAAGACAAAGGCGUUUAGAUGUGUUUACGACGGUUGUGACAAACAAUAUUAUAAUGUGGCGGAACUGUUAAAACAUCGUCGAUCGGCUCAUAACAUCUACUCUAAUCGUACGGCAAAUAAAUACAAUACAAUUACCGGUAGUGACGGUAAUAAUCAACAAUUAUAUUGUUAUGUAGUCGUGUCUAACAAAUCAUAUAAAUAUACGUUGGGAUCUAAGUCUUAA